AUGGAUUUCUGCAAUUUCCACCCAUUUCCAAGACUCCCGACCGAGCUUCGGGUCCAGAUUUGGGAGACAUGCUUGCGCCCGUCUCAACGACACCGACCUGGUUUGCACUACUGCACGAUUGGUAACGACAGGAGACUCGUACCCCUAAGCUGGGGCAAGUUCACCCGGUUGGAGAAACAUAGUCGAGCCAGCCCAGACCACAGAUCGGCCUGCCUAUGGCAUGCAGGGCUCUGGGCGGCUUGUAAAGAGUCGCGGUCCGUUAUCAUGGAACAUUACCAGCUCAAGGAGUGGAACGAGUAUCUGGAGAUAGGCCCGCCGAAAAGGAGCGUUCCGGAGUACUACUACGCUGAUGGGGGUAGUAGAAAAGAGAUCCUCCCUCCAUCAAUGAUCACUGUACGCGAAGGCCACAAUGAGUCGUACCUCACAGUUUACCCUACUCGGGACAUCUUCUGCGUCACUUCCGAUAGCUGCGAAUCAGCUUUUUGGUCAGGAGAAAGGAGGAAUAUCAAUCACAGCCUCCAUUAUGCCACCACUACCUCCAGAUCAUUGGGUGUGCAAAAUUUCGCCGUGGAGUUCGACCCUAGUUGGAACCGUUUCUUUCCAGACAAGAUCUACACUUUGAAGGAGGAGAGGUCUGCCCGAGGUUACUUGGCGAGGAUGCUUGAGGACCUAGCGGGUUGUUUAUUUUGGACGAAACUAUGGCUUAUCGACAAGCAUGUCCGUUGGUCCGCAUCCCCUGGCAAGGAGGUUGGCCCAGUAUUUUACGAUUAUGACUGCGAGUACGUUCAAAUCGACGUGUCCGAUACCCUUCCUGAUCCCAACAGUGGGGCGAACGAGAGCCCCGUGGCAUGCUUCAUACGAAGGCUUGGAGAAUUGGGAGAUAGGGAUUACACGGGGCGCUACAUGCUUGCUGUGGACGAUGAAGCCGACCCAGGUUUUUGGGCAGAAGAGCCCUCCCCCUUCUUGGUUAAGGAGUGGGUUAGGAUCUUGGUUCGCCGAGACAACCAGGUCACCGGCGGUAUCGAUGGGUUAAUUCAGAGUAUGAGUUCUGGGAGGGACAUUGAGUCGACUUAG